UACUCUUUCCUGUGACGUAAGGCUAGCUGCCGAUGCUACACGCGGGAAACAGGCGAAGCUGCUCAUCACAUUGACAAGCAUCAGUUGUCGCCUGUAGCAGAGAUGGGAGACACACUGGAGUUCAACGAGAUCUACCAAGAGGUGAAGGGCUCCUGGAAUGACGGGCGGCUGCGUUUUAGCAAACAGAAUGUGGUUUAUAAGAGCAGCAAGACGGGGAAGGUGGACAACAUCCCAGCUGGAGAGCUCAACCUCGCCCAGUGGAGACGAGUGUGUUUAGGUCACGGCAUCAAGCUGAGCACCAGCUCAGGACAUGUCUACAAAUAUGACGGCUUCAGGGACACAGACUUUGAGAAGAUCUCUGAGUUUUUUAAGGUCAACUACAAGGUGGAGCUGUCGGAGAAGGACAUGUGUGUGAAGGGAUGGAACUGGGGUACAGCCAAGUUCUCAGGGCCGCUGCUAUCAUUUGAAGUAAAUGAAAGUACAGCGUUUGAGGUCCCACUGUCCAACGUGUCCCAGUGCGCCACGGGGAAGAACGAAGUCACACUGGAGUUUCACCAGAAUGACGACACCGAGGUCUCUCUCAUGGAGGUCCGAUUCUACGUCCCGCCCAGCCAGUCUGACGAACGACAAGACCCUGUGGAGGCGUUUGCAGAGAACGUGUUGUCUAAGGCUGAUGUGAUCCAGGCCACAGGAGACGCUGUGUGUAUCUUCAAAGAGCUGCAGUGUCUUACACCCAGAGGAAGAUACGAUAUCCGUAUCUACCCGACUUUCCUUCACCUCCAUGGUAAGACCUUUGACUACAAGAUUCCCUACACCACCGUCCUCCGUCUAUUCCUGCUGCCACACAAGGAUCAGAGGCAGAUGUUCUUUGUGAUCAGUCUGGAUCCCCCCAUCAAGCAGGGUCAGACACGUUAUCACUUUCUCAUCCUGCUCUUCUCCAAGGAAGAGGACCUCAGCCUCACCCUCAACAUGAGCGAGGAGGAUGUGGAGCGCCGUUUUGAGGGCAAACUAAGUAAAAACAUGUCUGGGUCUCUGUAUGAGAUGGUCAGCAGGGUGAUGAAAGCCCUGGUCAAUCGCAAGAUCACCGUGCCUGGAAACUUCCAGGGUCACUCUGGCGCUCAGUGCAUCACCUGUUCCUACAAGGCUUCUUCAGGCCUCCUCUACCCCCUGGAAAGGGGCUUCAUCUACGUCCACAAGCCCCCUGUGCACCUGCGCUUCGAGGAGAUCUCCUGCGUCAACUUCGCCCGAGGCACCACCACAACGCGAUCCUUCGACUUUGAGAUCGAAACCAAGCAGGGAAAUCAGUACACCUUCAGCAGCAUUGAAAGAGAAGAGUACGGCAAACUGUUUGACUUCGUUAACGCCAAGAAGCUCAACAUCAAGAACAGAGGAUUCAAAGAGGGCAUGAAGGGUAAAAUUGACGAGUACAGUGACUCUGAUGAAGACCAGCACGAUGCCUACCUGGAGAGGAUGAAGGCUGAGGGCAAGAUCAGAGAGGAGGGCAACGACACCGAUGAAUCGGAUGCCGAGAGCGAUGAGUCGUUUAACCCAGGAGAAGAAGAUGAUGACAUUGCAGAAGAGUACGACAGCAAUGCCUCAGCGAGCGACAGCAGCGAAGACGGGGACGAUAGUGAUGACGAUAGCGCAAAGAAGAAGAAGCCCAAGAAAGUCAAAGUGGUGAAGGAGAAAAAAGAGAGGAAACCCCGCAAAGAGAAGAAGAAGCAGAAAGAUACCGGCGGGCCCAAGAGGCCGAUGAGUGCCUACAUGCUGUGGCUCAACUCCAGCCGCGAGAGAAUCAAGUCAGAGAACCCGGGUAUCUCCAUCACAGAGAUCUCCAAGAAGGCCGGAGAGAUGUGGAGACAGCUGGGCAAAGAUGAGAAGGAGGAGUGGGAUACAAAAGCAGGAGAAGCAAAGAGGCAGUAUGACAAAGCAAAGAAAGAAUAUAAAGAGAGCGGUGGCGGAGUAGCAACCUCAAGUUCCAAGAAAGAGAGUAAAAAAUCCUCAGGUAAGAAGGACGAGAAGAAAAGGAAGUCCGCUGGGGGAGACAAGGACAAGGAGCGGGGAGGAGGCAACGACAGCUUCAAGAGUAAAGAGUUCAUCGAGACCAGCGAGAGUUCGUCAGACUCUGACCACAAGAGCAAGUCCAAGAGAAAGAAGGCAAAGAAGGAAUCAGAGGAAGAGGAGGAAGAGGCUGUGUCCACCCCUGCCAGCUCAGAGGAAGACUCAGACUAAACAUACACACUUUUGCUCAUCUGACACACAAACCAAGGACCAAGCAUUUAUACUCUAUGUUGAUCUCACACAAAUGGACAGACAGACAAAUCAACAAACUUGAGUUGAAUUUUCUUUACUUCUACAUGUUUUUCUUUAAGAAUACAAACACGCCGUGACAAACAAGCUCACGAAAGAUCUGGUUUUCGAAUGGGUUUUCUUGCUGACAGCGCAGUGUAACGGUGGUGUACUGUCUUUCCGAAAAUUCUUGAAGGGUUUUUGUCAUCUUACCCACGGGGAUGGUUGUAGUUUUAUAGCACUGAGGAGUAUAGGAGUUAUUAGUUGAUUAAAUGUGGAUAAGACGGAGAGGAACAGAUGCUACGAUGAUUUGUUCCUUCUGUGUAGAGCAUUUGAAAACCACAGUUAAGUGUUUUUUUGUGUGUUUUACCAUGUCAUGUUUUCAGGCUUGAAUGAAUAAAUGAAUCAUUUUUAAAUAAA